UUUUGUAGAUAUGAUUUGCAAAAAUCAGAGCUAUCUUUAAAAAAAACUUAAUUAUUGUUGCUAUUUUUAUGAAAAAAGUUUGGAAAAGAAAAGGCUUGUUAUUUUUUUUUCAAAAUUAUUUUCUAAUUAAAAAUGUAAAAAUCCUCGAAGCAAUUUCGGGUUGUUGGAUGGUAUGAUGCUACAUAGAAACAUGGGAUUGCUUACACUGUAUACUGCCUUCCCCGUUCGUUGUCAUCGGCAACUAAAACCCUCCUGCAACCACCUUCUAAAACCCUACUGUUUCACUCAAUCACAAUCGGCCGCCAUGAAAUCCCCCCUCGAAGAAUCCGACGUAGGCAUCUCUUGCUACAUCUCCCCUCUCCCUGGCUUUCGUGGCAUUCUCAAGCAAAGGUACUCUGAUUUUAUAGUCAAUGAAGUGGAUUUGGAUGGAAAUGUUGUUCAUUUGACCUCCUUAGAUGCACCAAUGGAGACAGCAGAGGAACAUGAAUCAAAGACUACAAAUCAACCAAAUGAUAAGAUAAAUUCAAAUGAUGAAGAUGGAGUUACAGUUACCAAUACCUCCAUUGUUCUUUCUCCAAGUUCUGAUAAAGUUCAUCGAACAGCAGUUCAUAAUUUUUUCAAAGAGAAACUCAAGUUCUUGGUUACAGACACAGUAGAUGGACCUGAAUCUUCAUCAAAAUGCAUACGUGUGAGAUUGAAUUCAGGGGGGAAUAAUGAAAGAGGCAGAGGUUCUAAGAAGAGGAAAGGAAGAGAUGAGACUCCUUAUGAUAGUAGAGGUUCAGAUCAUUGGCCUGAGCAUCUUGGAAAGUUUCUCAGAUUUCAUCUUUGUAAGGAAAACAAGGAUACACAAGAGGCAUUAGGGGUGAUUGGAAAGAUGCUUGGCAUUCAGCCAAGGGCAUUUGGAUUUUCUGGUACAAAAGAUAAGCGUGCGGUAACAACUCAAAGGGUCACUGUAUUCAAACAGCAUGCAAACAAAGUGGCUAAUCUAAAUAAAAGAUUAAUUGGAAUUAAAGUUGGCGAUUUUUCUUAUGUCAAUGAAGGUCUUCUUCUUGGUCAACUCCACGGAAAUCGAUUCACAAUCACACUAAGGGGGGUGGUUGCAGAUUCUGAGGAUACUGUAAAAGCAGCAGCAGAUGCUUUAGGAAAACAUGGAUUUGUAAACUACUUUGGUAUGCAGAGAUUUGGGAGUGGUUCUAUACCUACUCACCUAAUUGGUGCUAAAUUACUUAAAGGAGAAUGGAAAGAAGCAGUGAGCAUGAUUCUUGAUCCAAGGGAUGAUGACAUAAGGAGGAUUCGGGAAUAUUAUAAAGAAAGUGAAGACAUUGAUGGGACUUUGAGACAAUUACCUCGCUUUCUUGUGGCUGAAAAGGCCAUUCUGCAGUGUUUGAAAAAGUGUCCUGGGAACUACUUGCAAGCUCUGAAGGCUGUUCCUAGGACCCUUAGAAUGAUGUAUGUGCACAGUUACCAAAGCUAUCUAUGGAAUCAUGCAGCUAGCAUGAGAGUACAAAAAUAUGGGAAUGAGGAAGUAGUGUUGGGGGAUUUGGUGUAUUGUAAUGAAGAAAGUUGUAAUGAAAUAAAGGAAGUCAAAGUCAAUGAUUCUGAAUAUGAAGAAAAUAAUGAUUCAUUAGAGAAUAACCAUUUAGAUGAGGCUGAUGCACUUCCAUCUGAAGGAACUUGUACCUCAGUAAAGGUGGUUAACAAGGAAGACAUUCUUUCAGGGAAUUAUACAGUUUCUGAUGUUGUCCUUCCUUUGCCUGGUUCAAGGGUAAUUUUUCCAAAUAAUGACAUUCAACAAUAUUAUCAAGAUUUAGCUGACAAGGAUGGUGUGAGCUUGAUGGAGAGUGUGCAUAAUGUCAAGGAGUUUUCGCUAACCAGCAUGACAGGAGCUUACCGGCGAGUAUUUGGAAAAGCCAAGGAUUUUGAAUGGGAGCUGAUAAAGUAUAGAGAUGUAAGUAUCCCAUUGGCUACAACCGAUUUAGACAUUGUUUCAAAGGCCAAUGAAGGUGAUGGUAUUAAAAACGAGUCUUUGGAAUUGGAAUUGGAAUUGGAAGAAGACCAGUUAGCCCUUAAAUUGAGCUUCACACUUCCAGCAUCUUGCUAUGCAACCAUGGCAAUUAGGGAGUUGCUAAAAACAUCUACUUCUACUGCAUUUCACAAGACUUUAAAUUAAUUAGUAGAUUUUAAUUACCGAGACCGAGUAUUGAAGGAAAACAACACUUUUGGAAGCCUAGUCUAAUUUAUUAUGCAAUUUUGUACAUUACUUUUGUUGUUUGUUUACAAAUGUAGAUUAAUUGAGACUUAGGUGCAUUAUUUGUUUUAACUUAAUGGAUUUAAUGAAGAAUUACAUAUAUAAAAAAAUUAAUGAAAAUUAAAAAUAUAGAAUUAUAGCA